AUGCCGCGUCACUCCCAGCCGCUGCUCUCCGUGCACCCGCUGCCGACGUCGCGGUGCGUCUCGAUGGACGCUCGGCAGCCGUCGCAGGAGCCGCUGCAGGACGUCGUCCGCCGCAACCUCGCGCGCCGCGCUCAGCUGGAGCGGGACGGCUGGCUCAUCGUGCGGGUCCAGGCGCGCUGGCGCGGCUAUGUGGUCCGGCGCGCGGUGCGCGAGCUGCUCAAUCGGGCCGUGGCGCAGCCCGACCUGCAGCGCGCCAAGGAGUACGCCCGCUCGCUCCUGCCGCGCGACCAGGAGGGGCGGCUGCUGCCGCUGUCGUGCGACCUCGCUUGCUUCCGCGUGUUUGGCGACGGGGUGUACUGCUACAUGCGGUGGUGCAAGCUGAUGCAGUUCGCCUUCUUCGUCGCAUUCACCCUCUCCCUCGCCAACCUCAUCCACAACGUCUCUGGCGGCGAGCUGCUCUCGCAGCACGGGACGCUGCUCAACCGGAUCUUCACGGCGACGACGCUCGGCAACGCGUCGACGCUCAACUCGUCGUACGGCGCGGUGGAGGUCCUCGUCUCGGCCGUCUUCACCUGGGCCAU